GCCACCCCACUCCCACCCCUGUGGCCCAGACCCCUGGCCAGCACUCAGAAGGCUGGGCAGCAUGUGGGAACUCCGGUCCAUAGCCUUCUCCCGCGCGGUGCUGGCCGAGUUCCUGGCCACGCUCCUUUUUGUCUUCUUCGGCCUUGGCUCAGCCCUCCAGUGGGCCAGCUCCCCGCCCUCUGUGCUCCAGAUUGCUGUGGCCUUUGGUCUGGGCAUAGGCACCCUGGUUCAGGCUCUGGGCCACGUCAGCGGGGCCCACAUCAACCCUGCUGUGACUGUGGCCUGCCUGGUGGGCUGCCACGUCUCCUUCCUUCGAGCUGCCUUCUAUGUGGCUGCCCAGCUGCUGGGGGCUGUGGCCGGGGCGGCCAUACUCCAUGAGAUAACUCCAGUAGAGAUCCGAGGGGACCUGGCUGUCAACGCUCUCCACAACAAUGCGACAGCUGGCCAGGCGGUGACCGUGGAGCUCUUCCUGACCCUGCAGCUGGUGCUCUGCAUCUUCGCCUCCACCGACGAUCGCCGGAGUGACAACCUAGGCAGCCCUGCUCUCUCCAUCGGCUUCUCUGUGACCCUGGGCCACCUCCUUGGGAUCUAUUUCACGGGAUGCUCCAUGAAUCCAGCCCGCUCCCUGGCUCCCGCGGUCGUCACCGGCAAGUUUGAUGAUCACUGGGUCUUCUGGAUCGGACCCCUGGUGGGCGCCAUCAUCGCUUCCCUGCUCUACAACUACCUGCUGUUCCCCUCGGCAAAGAGCCUGCAGGAGCGCCUGGCGGUGCUCAAGGGCCUGGAGCCCGACACCGACUGGGAGGAGCGCGAGGUGCGGCGGCGGCAGUCGGUGGAGCUCCACUCCCCGCAGAGCCUGCCGCGCGGCAGCAAGGCCUGAGCGCCCCCGCCGCGCCCCCGCAGCGC